UCGCGCUCCGGCCGCGCCGCCCUCCGCGGCCGCCACCUGGGUCCAGAGCCGGUCAUCCUUGCUGGAAGGAACCAUGAACUGGCAUCUUCCCUUCGUCCUUUUGGCCACCGUGACUUUGCCGUCCGUCUUCUCCCAGUUCAAUCCUCUAUCUCUCGAGGAACUAGGCUCCAAUACAGGGAUCCAGGUUUUCAAUCAGAUCGUCAAAUCACGGCCUCAUGACAACAUCGUCAUUUCCCCCCAUGGGAUUGCUUCGGUCUUGGGAAUGCUGCAGUUGGGUGCAGACGGCAGGACGAAGAAGCAGCUCAGCAUGGUGAUGCGAUACGGCGUGAACAGAGCUGGAAAAGUGUUGAAGAAGAUCAACAAGGCCAUCGUCUCAAAAAAAAAUAAAGACAUCGUGACAGUGGCUAAUGCGGUGUUUGUUAAGAACGGCUUUAAAAUGGAAGUGCCUUUUGUUACGCGGAACAAAGAUGUGUUUCAGUGUGAAGUCCGGAACUUGGACUUUGAGGAUCCAGCCUCCGCCUGCAAUUCCGUCAAUGAGUGGGUGAAAAAUGAAACUAGGGGUAUGAUAGACAACCUGCUGUCCCCGGAUCUCAUCAAUGGUGUGCUCACCAAACUGGUCCUUGUCAAUGCAGUGUAUUUUAAGGGUUUGUGGAAAUCACGAUUUCAACCUGAGAACACAAAGAAACGCACAUUCAUGGCAGCUGACGGGAAAUCCUACCAAGUGCCGAUGUUAGCCCAGCUUUCCGUGUUCCGGUGCGGGUCUACGAGCACUCCCAGUGACUUGUGGUACAACUUCAUUGAGCUGCCCUACCACGGAGAAAGCAUCAGCAUGCUGAUCGCACUGCCAACUGAGAGCUCCACCCCUCUGUCAGCCAUCAUCCCACACAUCAGCACCAAGACCAUCGACAGCUGGAUGAGCACCAUGGUGCCCAAGAGGGUGCAGGUGAUCCUGCCCAAGUUCACAGCUGUAGCACAAACAGACCUGAAGGAACCGCUGAAAGCACUCGGUAUCACUGAGAUGUUUGAUCCAUCAAAGGCAAAUUUUGCAAAAAUAACAAGGUCAGAAAACCUUCAUGUUUCUCAAAUCUUGCAAAAAGCAAAAAUUGAAGUCAGUGAAGAUGGAACCAAAGCUUCCGCAGCAACAACUGCAAUUCUAAUUGCGAGGUCGUCGCCUCCCUGGUUCAUAGUAGACAGACCUUUUCUAUUCUUCAUCCGACAUAAUCCCACAGGUGCUGUCUUAUUCAUGGGGCAGAUAUACAAACCCUGAAGAGUAUACAAAAGAAACCAUGCAAAGCAGAGACUACUUUGCUAUGAAGAAAAGACCCUCUUCCUACAUCUUUCAUAGUUCUGUUCAAUAUUUUUGUACAUUGCUUUUUUUUCCCUCAAAAAAAAAAAACAAAAAAAAAACAGUUCUAAGGAACAGACUCAAAGAUGCAAGCAUUUCUAUUCUGGGAAGUAUUAGAAAAGAAAAAGGGGCAGGAUGGCUAAAAAACACUGUACUGAGGAGUGACUAGAAAGGUUUCAAAAUGUCUGAAAGAUUCUUUAAACUACUGAACAGUUACCUAGGUUAACAACCCUCUUUAGUAUUUGCUGUCUGUCCAGUUCAGGAUUUUGUUUUGUUUUGUCUCUGUGUGGCUUUUCAGAAGAAAUUUAAUCAGUGUGACAGGAAAAAAAAAAAAAAAAAAAAAAAUUUUAUGGUAGCUUUUACUUUUUUAUGAAAAAAUAUAUUAUUUACCUUUUUAAUUCUUUUUCUCCACUCCCACCAAAGUCUUGAUAGCGAGCAUUACUUUGGGGGUAGAAGUAGUGAACUCUUUAGCCUCCUGUGUUUUUGUUGUUGUUGUUUUAUAUAAUGCAUGUAUUCACUAAAAUAAAUUUUAUAAACCUAAUGUCUUGCUAGACAAUGUUUGCUGUUGUGCAGUGUGUCUGUCACUACUGGUCUGUGCUCUUUGGAUUUGCAUUUUUGUAUUUUGUACAAAAUAAAAAUAAAGUGUUAUGAGUAGGAAAAUAAAUAAAUAAAUAAAAAGA